AUGCCUACAAAUUUCGAGCUUCAAGUCAGAUCGAGCCCUGACGUUUUCGACAGCGCACACGAGGCAGCAGUCGUUAUCGUCGGGCUUACGAAUCCUGAGGAUGGCGCCGUGUCUUGCACCGAUUUCCAGUUUAUUCCAUACAGCUCCGCGAGGACGCAAAGAAAACAGGAAGAAGAGACGGAGCUUGCUAAGGACGACGCCACCGUGGAAAUCUCCAUGACGGAAGUCAUCACUCUGGCCAGCAGUAGCAAGGCUUUAGAGUCGUCAUCGCCUGAGAGUCAGUCGAAGACUAUUUCUGCCGCCAAGCCGUCCACGAUUCUAUCUGGCGCUGAGGACGAGGACUCUGAAGUGAAUAGCGAGCUGGGGGAACAGGAGAGAAACCUGGAUCGUAAGGGUAAGGGUAACCGCAUCCAGGCUUUCGCCCAGCGCGAUCUCGUAGCCUUUACUUUCGCUGGUGAUCGCGUUGUCCAGGAUUUCGCGGAGCAAAAACGGCGCGAGAUUCAGGAAGAUGCACCGCACGAGGUCGACACUACACUUCCUGGAUGGGCACCAAGAAAGCACCACGCCUCAAGAAGAAGCGCGAUAAGAAGGCGGCCAAGUAGUUGGUUACAGACCUGCCAUCCGUAUACCAACCUGCAAGGCGCAGUUUGA